AUGUACUUCAUCAAAGCUCUUGGAAUUUUAGCUGCGUCCAGUCUUUCUCUCGCCGGUAACUUGACUGUUUUAGACGUCAAGGUCGUCAAAGACAUUCCUGCCAGUGAAUGCAAAAUACAGGCUUCAAACGGUGACAUCGUCUCAGUGCACUACUCCGGCUCCUUAGAAGGAUCCAGCGAGGUCUUUGAUUCGUCUUACGGAAGAGGCGUUCCUAUCCAAUUCGAACUGGGAUCUGGUCAGGUCAUCCAAGGCUGGGACGAAGGUAUUCUUGGCAUGUGCAUUGGCGAGGAACGUGAACUACGUAUUCCAAGCAAACUAGGUUAUGGCUCUCGUGGAGCUGGUGCGGUGAUUCCUCCAGACUCUGAUCUCUUCUUCCGGACCUCUUUAGUUGAUAUCAGGAGACGUGACGAACUUUAA